GGGAAUAUUGAAUUUUUCCGCAGUCAAGUUUCUUGUGCUUUCGUGUUUUACCGAUUUUUAUUUGUGAAGAUUAGUUGAUCGGCAAAUUAUUAUAUAAAAGGCAGUUAAAAUGGAUGUGGAUAAUUUGCCGUAUGUGUCAGAAUAUGCUAAGAGCAAUCGAGCGUCAUGUAAACUUUGCAAGAACAAAAUAGACAAAGAUGAACUACGCCUUGGGGCGAUGGUGCAGUCGGCGUUUCACGACGGCAAACAGGCUCAAUGGUACCACGAAAAAUGUUUCUUCCAAAAACUUCGCCCAACUACUGAGGGUGAUGUGGCUCAUUUCGAAAAUCUGCGCUACGAAGAUCAGCAAAGGAUCCGCGAAAAAAUUGCUGGCCUAGGUUCAGUGGUGGUACCAGCCCCGAAAAAGGGAGGAAAAGGAAAGAAACGUUCUGCCGAGCAGACUAUGGCUUUGAAAGAUUACGGAGUGGAAUAUGCGUCGUCCGGUCGAGCAAUGUGUCGUGGGUGUGAGAUUAAAAUUUUGAAGGAUGAACCAAGAAUCAAAAAGGUGGAUUACACAACGGAGGUUGGCAUGAAAUACGGGGGACAAGCAUUGUGGCACCAUAUUGAAUGUUUCGCUCAAUUAAGGUCGGAGUUAGGUUAUUUCGAGAGUGGUGAGAUGCUGCCAGGCUUUCGCUCGAUGAAAAAAGAGGAUCAGCAGAAAAUCAAAACCUCAAUACCAGCGAUGAAAGCGCAAGAUAUUCCAGCCAAAAAACUCAAAACUGAACCCAAAGAUGAAGCCGAUUCUGCUCAAGAAGCUAUUGAUGAGCAGCUUUACGCUCAACAACAAAAAGCAUUCUUUAAGAUUCGUGACAAACUCAAGGAUCUUAACGUGAAAAAACCAGAUUUAAUCAGUAUUUUGAAUCGCAACAAGCAGGCGAUUCCGGAAGGUCCGAAUGAAUGCCUGGAACGGGUGUGCGAUAUUCUAACCUUUGGUGCAUUGCAACCUUGCCCAAAAUGCAAAGGGCAAUAUGUUUUGCAGAAAUCAGCCUACCAGUGUGAGGGCAAUCUUUCCGAAUGGGUGAAGUGUUUGAACGCAGAUAAAAAACCGCCGCGCGUCCCAACUAAAGUUCCGUCAGAAAUAAAGAAGUCGUAUUCGUUCCUUGAAAAAUAUAAAUCAGUCGUGAGCGACAGGGUUAUCAAAUACGUUGCACCCAGUUUGAGUACGACUAUGAAAAAGGUGAAAAAGGAGGAAGAGCUUGAACCAAAAGUUAAGCGUGAGAAACCGCCGCUUUACAAUUUACAGUUUGUGAUUCUUGGUAAAACGGAUACCCCAAAAGAUCAACUGAAAGAAAAGAUCCAAAAGCUUGGCGGAAAAGUUGUAACCAAAAUCACUAACACUUUAGCUGCCAUAAUCUCUACCGCAGCUGAAGUAGAAAAGCUAGGAAGCCGAAUGCAAGAAGCGAAAGAUAUGCAAAUUCAGGUAGUCCCGGAAGAUUUCCUCGACGACGCCAAGAGUGGUGGUGCCUUGUCAUACAUUACGAGCAAAUCCAUUUGCGAUUGGGGCUCGGAUCCCCAUGCCCGUAUUCCGCAGGACGAGGAAAAGUCCAAAUCGAAGAAGAGCAUUUACACGAAAUCGAUGCCGUCCAAGAUGACGCUCAAGCUAAAGGGUGGACUGGCCGUCGAUCCCGACUCGGGGCUAGCUGACGAGGCACACGUCUACAAGGACGGCAAACUGAUUUACAAUUGCGUUCUGAACAAAGUAGAUAUUCAAACGGACAAGAAUUCCUACUUUAAGAUGCAAGUACUGAAGGCGGAUAAAGGGCAAAGCUACUGGUUUUUCCGUGCCUGGGGCCGCAUAGGAACGACAAUAGGCGGCAAUAAAGUGGAGGAGUGCGAUACCAUUUUCGAUGCGAUUGAGUCCUAUCGGCAUCAUUUCCAGGACAAAACCGGCAACUCGUGGGAGGCGCAGUGCAAAGGUGUUUUCCAGAAGCGCCCCGGUUUGUACUAUCCCGUAGAUAUUGACUAUGGAGAUGAGAAAACCAAAACGCUAUCAGAAAACAAUAACAUUCCAUCUAAGCUGGAGCCUGCCGUGCAGGAUCUAGUUCGAAUGCUGUUCGACGUUGAUACAAUGAAAAAAGUGAUGUUGGAGUUCGAGCUAGAUAUGGAGAAAAUGCCACUGGGCAAGCUAUCGCAAAAACAGUUGCAGGAAGCGAUGAAAGUGUUGACGGAAAUUUCAAAUUACAUUGUUGAUGGAGGUAGCAACCAACAGUUCAUUGCUGCGUCCAAUCGCUUUUACUCUCUAAUUCCACAUAACUUUGGCGUUGAAACUCCGACUGUUCUGGAGACCGUUGAACAAGUCAAAGACAAGCAAGCAAUGCUCGAGAGUCUGAUGGAGAUUGAGAUAGCUUAUAGUUUGUUGAAUGCUGACACAGAUGAUACCAAGAAUCCGCUAGACGGUCACUAUGAGCAACUUAAGACGGAGAUGGAAACACUGAAACACGAUUCAGAAGAGUUCAAGCUACUGGAGAAAUACGUAAAGAAUACGCACGCUGAAACUCACACUGCAUACAAACUGGAAGUCAGUGAGAUAUUUAAAAUCCAGCGUAAGGGCGAAAUUCGUCGAUACAAACCAUUCAAGAAGUUACACAACCGCAAGCUAUUGUGGCAUGGAUCGCGUCUCACUAACUUUGUUGGUAUUCUAACACAUGGUUUGAAAAUUGCGCCGCCAGAGGCCCCUGUCACGGGUUAUAUGUUCGGCAAGGGUAUCUACUUUGCAGACAUGGUUUCUAAAUCGGCAAACUAUUGUUGCACCAGCUCGCUCAACUCUACCGGUUUGAUGUUACUCUGUGAGGUAGCUCUAGGAGAUAUGCAAGAGUACACACAAGCUCAUUACGUAACCAAACUACCGGCAAACAAACACAGUACCAAGGGUGUUGGCCGUACCCAACCGGAUCCCAACGAAAUUUACACUCGACCAGAUGGCGUUCAAAUUCCCUAUGGCAAAGGAGUUGCCCUGGAUCCAAACAUGCGAUCAUCUCUGCUGUAUAACGAAUAUAUUGUGUACGACGUGGCCCAGGUCAACUGUCAGUAUUUGUUCAAGAUGAACUUCAAAUACAACUAUUAAUGGCUACGAACAGGUAAGCCCAUUGCAAAUGAUAUUCUUCCCUUUUUGAAUAUAAAUGUUUUUGAGCCGUGAUUUACACGUUCUGAUGUGUUUAAAUUGACGUUUUUGUUUUUAUUCCGGUAUACUCUUUGAUUUUUAUUCGCGCAGUAAUAUGCACAUUCUUGCUAUA